CAGCAUCCUGGACAGGGGCUGCAUUCUCGUGACGUCAUUUUUAUCCGACGGACAUACGGAUCUUGCUCCGAGCAUCGGAUCUGAUCUCAAAAACACACUUGCGUUUGCAGGAGGAUGAACUUGAAACCUGGCUGGCUGCUGCUUCUAUCCGUCUGUGCCUUGGUCUGGUCGGUACCUAUAGACCGAAAUGUAGGCGUAGAGGAAGAAAAGGAGGAAGUCCAGGAGGAGAAUGGGGACACCGGCCUGUACUACGACAGGUACCUCAGAGAGGUGAUCGAGGUUCUGGAGACGGACCCUCACUUCAGAGAGAAGCUGCAGACAGCAAACACUGAAGACAUCAAGAACGGUCGCCUCAGUAAAGAACUGGACCUCGUCAGCCACCAUGUCCGGACGCGCCUGGAUGAGCUGAAGCGUCAGGAGGUUUCUCGCCUCAGGAUGCUGCUGAAGGCCAAACUGGACAGCACCAACGUUCAGACUCUGCAGAUGGACCAUGCCUCCCUGCUGAAGCAGUUUGAACAUCUGGAUCCCCACAACCAAAACUUUGAGGCCAAAGACCUGGAGCUGCUAAUUUCAACGGCCACCAAAGACCUGGAGAACUACGACGCUGAGAGGCAUGAGGAAUUCAAACGCUACGAGAUGCUGAAGGAGCACGAGAGACGGGAGUACCUGAAGAGCCUGGACCAGGAGAAGAGGGAGAAGGAAGAGAAGAGACUGCUGGACCUCAAGGAGAAACACCGCCAGCAUCCAAGAGUGAACGCUCCGGGAAGUGUGGCUCAGCUGCGGGAGGUGUGGGAGGAGACGGAUGGACUGGAUCCUCAAGAGUUCAACCCCAAAACCUUUUUUAAACUGCACGAUACGAAUGAAGACGGCGUUUUAGACGAGCAGGAGUUGGAGGCUCUCUUCACCAAAGAGCUGGAGAAGGUCUACGACCCAAAGAACGAGGAGGACGAUAUGAUGGAGAUGGAGGAAGAGCGGCUGAGGAUGAGGGAGCACGUUAUGAAGAAUGUGGAUACAAAUAAAGACCGCCUCGUCAGCCUGGAGGAGUUCCUCAAGUCCACGGAGAAAAAGGAGUUCAACAAUCCCAAAGAGUGGGAGACUCUGGACACAAAGCCGAUGUACACAGAUGAGGAGCUGCAGCGGUUUGAGACUGAGCUCCGGGACAAAGAGGAGGAGCUGAAGAGGAGGGAGGCGACUCUGCUUCAGGAGCAGGAGCUGCUGAAGGAGAGAGGAAAAGCCCUGGAGGCCCAGAGGAGGGAGUACCAGCAGGCAGUAUUAGAGAUGUCUCAGAGACAGAAGGAUCAGCAGCAGGCAGCAGACGGGCAGCCUCCUGCAGGUCCUAACGGAGAGCUGAAGUUCCAACCAGAGACGAAAACAGAGGAGGAUAAAGAUCUCACGGGGGAGAAAGUCCCAGCUGCACCCGAAGCAGAAGCCCAGAAUAAUCUGCCCGCAGAGCCUCCACAGAAUCUGCCUAUACACACUUAAUGCAGCACGCUCCAACAGCCUUAACACACACACACACACACACACACUCACACACACUCACACACACAAACACAAACACACACGCUGAUUUGCACUGACACAGAUAUCCAGAUGGCUCCUACUGACUCAAAUAUGUGAGCUGUAUGUAUAAACUCAGACAGACGUGCUUUGUGAAUCAUGACAUGUUGCACUGUGUUCGUGUCUGUGCUCUCCUUCAGAUUAAACACUACACACACAGAUAUCGGUGAAUCUACUGUCAGAGAUCUUCUGUUUCAGGGACCUUUACUCCUGCUGAGUGUCAGAUCCACAUCCUCAAAAUAAAGUCCUCAUUCUGAACCACUGAA